AUGGCAACGCGCCCGCGCACGCACGAUGCCUACACAGUCGGCUGGGUCUGCGCCCUGCCUAAGGAGCAGACGGCCGCAUUCGCUAUGCUCGAGGAGCGACACCCGAGCCUCUCAAAAUCUCCCAACGACCCCAACUCCUACACGCUCGGCUCAAUCUGUGGCCAUAAUGUCGUGAUUGCCUGUUUGCCAAAGGGCAAGAUCGGCACCAGUUCAGCUGCGACUGUUGCCACCCACUUGAUUCGCGCCUUUCCAGCCGUCCGAUUCGGGCUGAUGGUCGGUAUUGGUGGCGGCAUCCCGCCUAAAGUACGGCUUGGAGACGUCGUUGUCAGCGUACCUGUUGAUCAGUUUCCUGGCGUCGUGCAGUGGGACAUGGGCAAGGCCGAGCAAGGCGGGACAUUCCGACGAACGGGUGCGCUGAACAAUCCACCAAAUCUGCUUCUAUCUGCCUUGACGACGCUGGAGUCGGAUAUUGCUAUGAAGGGCACAAGGAUUCCAGAAUACCUGGAUCAGAUUCGGCAAGACUGGCCACUAUUAGUACCGAAAUACCUGCGAUCUGAUUCUCUACGAGAUGUCCUCUUUAAAGCAAGCUAUUGUCAUGUGGAGAAGCAGCAUCAAGAUUCCUCAGGGGAUGGGGAGGAUGAAUCAGAGGAUGACGUUCAAGAUGACUGCCAGCACUGCGACAAGGCCCAGAUAGUAAAAAGGAAACCGAGAGACAUGCGCGUGCACUAUGGGCUGAUCGCAUCGGGUAACCAGGUGGUCAAGGAUGCCAGCGUUAGGGAUCAGUUGUCGAAACACAUGGAUAAGCACGCCCUUUGUGUCGAAAUGGAGGCUGCGGGACUGAUGGACAACUUCCCGUGCAUUGUGAUUCGAGGCAUCUGUGACUACGCCGACUCGCACAAAAACAAAGCGUGGCAGGAACAUGCUGCUGCCGUUGCAGCAGCAUUUGCGAAAGAGCUUCUGGGAUAUAUCCAGCCACAGGAUGUCGAUCAAGAGGAAACGGUAAAGGAUGUAUUAGCUAGAGUGUCCAGUGAGCUGUCUGAAACGAAAUCUCAAGUUGCGCAGACUAGACUCAUCCUUGAAAGAGAAGAGGAUCUCAAAGUGCUGAAUUGGCUCACUCCUGUCGAUUUCGGCCCGCAGCAUUCCGACUAUUUGCGAAGACGACAGCCUGGCACAGGACAGUGGCUUCUUGAUUGCGAAACAUACCAAAGGUGGGUAGAAGAGCCUGGACAAAGACUAUUUUGUCCUGGCAUACCUGGAGCUGGCAAGACAAUUCUCUCAUCCAUCGUCAUCGACAACCUCGAAACUCGUUUUUCUGCCGGUCUCACCACUGCGGUGGUCUACGUCUACUGCAAUUUCAACCGCCAAGUGGAGCAGAAACUUGAGCAUCUCAUGUCUAGCCUGCUGAAACAACUGGCCUGCAACGGUCCCUUCUUACCGCCUGUUCUAUAUAAGCUCCACGGGGAACAUGCGAGGAAACAAACCAGACCGACUUUGGAAGAGAUCGCAACGGCACUUCAGGCUGUGGCUGCAACUUUUGCCAGGAUAUUCAUCGUCGUUGAUGCACUAGACGAAUGCCAGGUGGCAGACAAUUGCAGAGCACGAUUCCUCCACCAACUCUUCAGCCUCCAGACUCAUCAAAGCAUUAGCGUCUUCGCGACGUCUCGGCAUAUGCCUGACAUUGAGAAGGAAUUCUCGAAUGGCUUGACAAUUGAGAUACGAGCUAGUGAAGAAGAUAUCGAAAGAUAUCUGAAAGGCGCCGUAUCACGCCUUCCCAAGUUUGUUGCCGAGAGAAGCGACUUGCAAGACGAGAUCACGCAGACCAUUAGUCGGACAGUGGACGGAAUGUUUCUGCUUGCUCAGCUCUAUUGCGAUACUCUCAUGGACAAAGAUAAUCCUAAGGUCUUGCGGAACGCAUUGCAGGAUUUGGUAAACGGCUCGAAAAGUUAUGAGGCAGCGUAUUAUGGUGCGAUGAAACGAAUCGAAGGCCAGCUCGAAGGGCAAGCCAAGCGUGCGAAGCAAGUGCUAGCAUGGAUCACAUGCGCACAACGGCCACUCACCAAGACAGAAUUGCAGCAUGCUCUUGCCGUUGAAAUCGGUGAAACAAAGCUCGAUAAUGAUAACAUUACAGAAAUCCGUGACGUGGUUUCCGUCUGUGCAGGAUUAGUAACAAUCGAUGAAGCGAGCAGCAUUGUCCGAUUGGUGCAUUACACGACACAACAUUACUUCGAAAGCACGCGAGACACAUGGUUUCCUACAGCGCAUUCGGCAUUAGCAGCGACUUGCACUACAUAUCUUUCAUUCGACGCUUUUGCAAACGGGCGCUGCCAGAGCGAUCAGGAGUAUGAGGACCGUCUCAAGGGACAUCCAUUCUUUGAAUAUGCGGCUUCUCAUUGGGGUCACCACGCACGAGCAACCCCUGGAUGUGAGGAAGUGCUUGGAUUUCUUAGGAAACCUGCGCAGAUCGAUGCAUCAGUCCAAGCAUAUUUUACUGGUAGGCUCUGGCACUAUCCGGGAUACAGUCAAAGGGCACCUAGCAGAAUGGUAGCAACACACCUUGCAGCCAUUUUUGGGCUUGCAAAAGUUUUACCUGCAGUAUGGAAUAAAAGGAACCAAAAUGCAAAAGAUAGUACAGGUGGGACACCGCUAUUGCGGGCAGCCGAGAAUGGACAUACUGAAGUGGUCCAACUGCUUCUCAAGACGAAGGAAGUAGAUAUUAAUGCCCAGGGCGGAAGUUACGGCAACGCUCUGCAGGCUGCUUCAGAGGGAGGACACCAGGAGACCGUGCAGCUGCUAAUUAACAACGGCGCCGACGUUAAUGCCCAGGGCGGAACAUACGGCAACGCUUUGCAGGCUGCUUCAGCCGAAGGACACCAGGAGAUCGUGCAAAUUCUAAUCGAUAACAAAGCCGACGUUAAUGCCCAAGGCGGAGAUUACGGUAACGCUCUUUAUGCUGCUUUAUACGAAGGACACCAGGAGAUCGUAAAGAGGCUGGAAAAGGCGGGUGCUUUAAUGCUGUUAUAA